AUGGUCCAAAAAAAUUCAUACCACACUGCCGACCAGAUCGUGGGUGAGCAUUCCUGUUCGUUCUUCCACCACGAGAGAGGUUCCGCCGCCGCCGUGUCCAUCCCAACUCCGGCGCCACGACGGUGGACAACGGCUCCUCGGCCUCCAUCCUCACCAUCGCGCGGAGGAUCUCGGCCUCUCCAUCCCCAUUCCCAUCCCGACUACGCCGUCUGCGCCGCGGUCGGCGUCCGGGUCGUCGUGGCGGAGGAUCUCGGCCUCUCCAUCCCCAUUACCGUCCCCACUCCGCCGUCUGCGCCGCGGUCGGCGUCCGGGUCAUCGUGGCGGAGGAUCUCGGCCUCUCCAUCCCAUUCCCAUCCCGACUCCGCUGUCUGCGCCGCGGUCGGCGUCCGGGGUCACCUUGAUGAGCAAUUUCGUCAGGUGGAGGACUUGCAGGAUGAAGCUAGUCCUAAUUUUGUGGAAGAAGUUGCUGUGUUGUUUUUCAAAGAUUCAGGCAGGCUAAUAUCAAACCUUGAGCAAGCUUUGUGGGAUGCAUACAUGCAGCAACUGAAAGGCAGCUGUUCCAGCAUUGGUGCUUCUAGGAUGAAGAGUGAAUGCAUGUCAUUCAAAGAUAACUGUGGGAAAGGAAAUGUUGAAGGAGCAUGCUGAAGCAAGGUGAUUCUGAAAAGAUUAUGGAUGGCACUGAUUUCUACCCUGACAAUGACAAAGACCUGAGCCGCAAGCAUAAGUUUAAGACCUGGCGUGGCAAGAUCGACGGCACAGGUCCUGGUCUUUAUGGCGAGGCAUGAUCGAAAUUUGCUAUGAUCCUUUUCUCUGGUGUUUACUUUAGUUUUACAAUGUUCCGAACUAGAAUUUCGUACUACAAAGUCUUUACUUUAGUUUAUAAUGUUUCGAACAGAGUUUGUCAUUUUGUCUGAUCGAGAAAUCUGGCGUGUUAUAAUCUUUA